AUGGAGCAAGAAGAUGAUGAAUCAGAAGAACCAUGGGAAGAAGAAUUUCAACCAGGGUUUGAACCGGUUGAUCUUGAAUUUAAUAUGUCUUCACCGCGUCAUUUGGAACUAGGCCCAAGCCAGUUUCCAGACUCGCAGACCCCAGACACAAGUACAACACCUUCGUCUCGAGAAGCUUUUAUUCCAAGAAUACUCCAGAACCAGCCAUUGUCAGCUGCUAUUAAAUAUCGUCUAGCUGAAAGAAAAGUUUUCGUUCAUGGUUCAGGACCAAGACCACCUGAAUUUACAGCAAGAAUACCAGUCUCACUGUGGAUUUUUGGAAUUAAAUUGAAUGGUAUUUUGGAUACUGGCAGUGAGAGAUCAUAUAUAAAUGCUAAAGUGUAUGAAGACAUCAGAGAAUAUGCUUCUGGUGAAUUAAGACCAGACGAAACUCAAAAACGUGGUGUUCUAUUGGCAAAUCAUACAUUAUGUAAGAGUCUAGGUGGUGCUCCAUUUAUUAUACAAAUUGACUCGGUCGCUGGAGAACAAUACCUGAGUGUGAUUGAAGAUCUUGGUUAUUCUGUUGUGUUGGGAAUGGAUUUUGCGCUCCAAUUUGGUGUCAUAAUUAAUAGUAAAGACAGAACUUGGCAGUUCAGUGGCAAUAAUGAAGUUCACCCAUUUGAAUUUAUUUCUUGUAAAGAAAAUGCAACUAAGUGCUCGUCAAUGUCAGCUGACCAAGAAUUGGAUUUCAAGAAUUUCAUUGAACUGGAGAUGAAAAAGUUUGAAGGCAUGCCGAAUCAAGGACUUACGAAUAUAAUUGAACACGAGAUUGUCCUGAAGCCUGACGCCAACCCAGUCAGAAUUAAACCAUAUAGACGUAGUCCGGUAAUAAACGAAGAAUUAAAUCGGCAGAUCGACGAACUACUGAAGAAAAAUUUUAUAAGACCCAGCUAUAGUGUCUGGUCUUGCUCACCGGUAAUGGUUGCUAAGCCAAAUAAAACCUGGCGAUUUUGUGUUGACUAUCGACCCAUCAAUCGUGUAACUAUACCGCCAGCUCAUCCACUACCUAACAUGUUACGUAUCCUCAGCGCGCUUCAUGGUGCGGUUUACAUCAGUACGAUGGACUUGAAGGAGGCCUUCCAUCAGAUCCGCAUGGCAGUUGCGUCGAUUCCUCUCACCGCUUUUUCUGUGGAAGGACGAGGGCAAUUCGAGUGGUUACGGAUGCCGUAUGGACUAGUAGGUGCUCCUAGCACAUUUCAAAAAGCAAUGGACGAGCUGAAGGAAAGAUUUCACAAACUUUUGGUGGAACGUAAUUUACCAACUAGUUGGGCUGAUCAAGUCUUCGCAUAUUUGGAUGAUUGGAUAGUAAUCAGCGAGACCAUGGAAGAACACAAACAAAUUUUGGCUUUAGUAUUUGAAGUAUUUCGAGAUGCUGGUCUUCUGAUAAAUCCAGAAAAAUGUAAAUUCUGUCGCCCAGAAGUGAAGUUCUUGGGAUUUCUAGUCAACAAAGAUGGACUACAUACAGAUCCAGAUAAAAUUGCUCCGAUUGUCAACUAUCCUAGACCAACUAAUAGGAAACAGCUGCGAAGUUUUCUGGGACUAGUGAACUGGUACCACAGACAUCUACAAAACGUAGCCAAAGCUCAAGGACCGUUAAAUAAAUUAACUGGUGUAACCACAGAGUGGAAGUGGGGACCCGAGGAAGAAGAAUCGUUCAAUAAAUUAAAACGUGCAUUAAUCGAUGCUCAGCCAUUGUCUGUACCUAAAGUUGGACUGCCGUAUUAUCUUUAUACCGAUGCAUGUGAUACAGGCCUGGGAGCAUUCCUGGUACAACGUGAUCCUGAGACACAUAAGGAAUAUUUAAUUAUUUGUUUAAGUCGUCAGCUUAAGGGUGCUGAGACUCGGUACACCACCACAGAGAAAGAGUGUCUGGCAGUUGUCUGGGCAGUACGAAAAUUACGCUGUUAUCUAGAAGGGACUCCAUUUACCGUCGUCACCGAUCAUGCAGCAUUAAAAUGGUUACAUUCACUGCGAGACCCGAACGGCAGGCUAGCUCGUUGGGCUAUGGAGUUGCUUUCACACCAGAUAACUAUCGAACAUCGAAGAGGCACUGAAAAUGAAGGUCCUGAUGCAUUGUCACGUAUAUAUGAAGAAAACACUCCAGAAGAUUGGUUGGACAUCAAAGGUCAGCUUGAAUCUAACCACUGUCUACACUUGCAAGUAUCAAAUUGGUAUGCAGUUAAAUUUAAUAACGUACGUCGCAAUCCAGGGAGAUUCCCGGAUUGGCGUAUCGUUGAAGAUCGACUUGAAUAUCAUCGUCCAGAUCCAUUAAAAUCUAUCGUUGGAGACGAUAAUGCUUGGAAAGUGGUUUUGCAAGAUCCGGAGAUACAAGAAGUCCUCAAGAAACAUCACGAAGACCCAGAUGCUGCACAUCUAGGGCGAGACAGGAUGUAUGAGCGCAUUAAGGUCCAAUACUACUGGCCUGGUAUGUACCAGGAUGUGGACAGUUACGUGGAAGCUUGUGAAGUUUGUAAGCAAGCAAAAUAUAAACAGUCAUCAUCAAAAGCUCCAAUGCAAACUCGACAACCCAUAAGACCUUGGGCAAUUGUCGCUGCUGACGUAACUGGACCGUUCACUCGAUCACGUAAAGGACACCAGUACAUACUGGUUAUUCAGGACUUAUAUACUAGGUUUAUUGAGCUUUAUCCUUUACGUCGUCAUACUGGUGCAGCUGUUUUGGAGGCAUUUAAACGCACAUUUUCCUUACGAUCAUACCCGCUGUUUUUGGUGACAGAUAAUGGCAGGGAAUUUGUAAACGAGACCGUACAGGAUUAUUUAAAAUCAGUUGGCGUGAAAUUUACACCAUUGGCAGUCGCUCAUCCUCAAGCAAAUCCUGUGGAACGGAUUAAUCGUACAAUAAAACCAAUGAUUCGAUCUUACAUUAAUAAAGACCAGACCAGAUGGGAUGACCAUCUAGGGGAAAUUCAACUGGCUUAUAAUAGCUCAUAUCAUACGUCGUUAAAAUUAUCUCCAUAUUUCUUAGUGCAUGGCCAAGAGCCUAGGCUAUCUGACAAGUUAACUGAGCUGGAAAUGGAAGAUUUUAUUCCGGAUAACGAGGAGUGGAAGCAGAGAGUUCAGCGACUAGAUGAACUUCGGCACAAAAUUGAAAGCAUCAUGCGAGCCGAACAAGAACGUCAAGCUACUUAUAAGAGUCCAGAAUCUAAAAUACCAGAAGUUAAAUUAGGUGAUAGGGUCUUCUACCCAAACAGAAAACUUAGCAAUAAAAGUCAAAAAUAUAGCGCAGGUCUCGGUAUGAAAUACUUAGGUCCGGCUACCGUUAAGAAAAUCAUUAGUCCGCUAGUAGUAGAACUUAGUAAUGAUGCGGGUAAAUCGCUUGGUACUCAUUAUACACCGGAUUUAAAAUUACCGCGCCGGAGCACGCGUAUUGCUAAUAAGACGAAAUAG